GAGAGGGAGAUAGGGGAGGAUGUAAGCACAGCUGGGGACUGUGCAGAGCAGAUUUGGGAGGAAGGCAGGAGCAGGGGCAGUGAUUCCAGCAAGGAGACAGGGAAGUAGUAUAGCAGGGAUGCUGAACGCUGCUGUCUGCACUUAGCUACAUCAGUGGGGAAAGAAGCUGCAACAAUAAGGAGAAGCUGCAGGUGCAUGUAUGGCUGGUACAGAAUCUGUAAAAGGCAUCUGAACUCCUGUGUGCUAACAGGUCCAUCUGAGCUGUGUAUAUGAGUGCUGUGUAUUUGCACACAUCUUUAUUCAGGGGACGGGGGCAACCCGCUACCCGCUAAAAGGGUAGAGAUCAGGCAGAGCUUCUUUCCCAGACAAGUUGCAGGCAGACACCUAUGUGUUCCAGACAGUCUGCCCCUAUGACACAUUGAGCGAGACCCUGUAUCCGGCGAGUGUUUGGGAGAAGCCAGUGAGACAUCUGUCCAUAUUUUUCUGUGGCCCCGUGGGCUUCUGCUUGGGAUCAGAAUGAAGGAUCGGACCCGAGAGCUACGUGCUGCAAAGGAUAGCGAUGAAGAUGAUGAGGUUGCUGUGAGUUUGGAUCGAGAUCGUUUCAUGGAUGAAUUUUUUGAACAGGUUGAAGAGAUCAGAGGUUUCAUUGACAAGAUCGCUGAAAAUGUGGAGGAAGUUAAAAGGAAACACAGUGCUAUUCUUGCUUCACCCAACCCUGAUGAAAAAACAAAGGCCGAGCUGGAAGAGCUGAUGUCGGACAUCAAAAAGACAGCCAACAAGGUCCGUUCCAAGCUGAAGGGUAUUGAACAGAGCAUUGAACAGGAGGAAGCAUUGAACCGCUCCUCAGCAGACUUGCGUAUACGUAAGACACAGCAUUCGACAUUGUCACGAAAAUUUGUUGAAGUGAUGUCCGAAUACAAUGCCACACAAUCCGAUUACCGUGAGCGAUGCAAAGGCCGCAUCCAACGCCAGCUGGAAAUCACUGGCAGAACCACAACCAGUGAAGAGCUGGAGGACAUGCUGGAGAGUGGAAAUCCAGCAAUAUUCUCCUCAGGGAUAAUUAUGGACUCCAAUAUAACCAAGCAGGCUCUAAAUGAAAUUGAAACGCGGCACAGCGAAAUCAUCAAACUAGAGAACAGCAUCCGUGAGCUGCACGAUAUGUUCAUGGACAUGGCCAUGCUUGUAGAGAGUCAGGGUGAAAUGAUCGACCGCAUAGAGUAUAAUGUGGAACAUUCCGUGGAUUAUGUGGAAAGAGCAGUGUCUGACACCAAGAAGGCAGUCAAGUACCAGAGUAAAGCCAGAAGGAAGAAAAUCAUGAUCAUUAUCUGCUGUGUGGUCCUGGGAAUUGUCAUUGCUUCAACAUUUGGAGGAAUUUUUGCAUAAGGAGACCGGACCGGCAGAGAAUGCAUGUUCUGGACAUAGGAAGACAUAUACAGCACAUGGUGUGUGCCCUGUCCAACGAGGCACUGGCAGUGGGAAAGAAAAAAUUUAAAAAAAAAACAAAAAAUAAAUAAAUAAAAACACUUUUUGAGUGGAAAGCCCCUCUGCAUGACAACCCUGUUGUUGUAACCCAGCGCACGCACCCAGGAAGAGACUCACUGUACAGUGUGGGAUGGGGUGGAUGGGACAUAAGCUUAGCCCACUAACAAAGCUGUGUUUGACAUUGACAUCCUUGCGUUUACGAGUUCUCCAGUUAUUGGACCCAUACAGGUGUUUGAAGGAAGCGGCAGAGGGUUAUUAUUCCUCCAAAGCCUUUAUUUUUCCGUUCCACUGCCCACCAGAUGCCUUUUGGGUUCGGAGAAGAAUCUGCCUCUUUAGCAGACAACUAGACCCUAACAUUGGGCUUCAGUGCCAAGCAGAGCCAAACCAUCUUCUUUGACUUCAUCCAUUGCACUCUUCAUGCUUUCAACUGGGACAAUGUGCUGGAGACCGUGACAAUUUCCCUUUUGCAUGACAGGGGCUCAGUGUUUGGUUUAACUUAUUCAAGGUUGGAAUUCUGUUUUAUGUGAACCCCUGCCUUCUUCCAGCUCCUCUUCUGGAGAGGGACGGGCGCCAUUUUGAGUUCUUUUGUAUCCAGUGAAUACAUUCCCUUUUGUAAUUCAGUGUGAAAAAAAUGUCUACAUAUAUGUGUCUCUGUGAUCACAUAUGCAGAUAUGGCGUGUGUGUGUGCGCAAUUCACCUCAACCCAGAGCUGGCAUCACAGUUGUGUAGCCUUUUAUUUAUGAAGUAACGGCCUUUGGCUGCCAUGAAAUGUAUAUCCUGGAAUUACUGGGUUGCUGUGGAAUCUACUGUUUGGGUGUUAACAGCCUGUGACAGAUACGGGAGCGGUGGUGAUGUCACGGCUAGGCGAUGCAGCACCAUCAGUCGAAUCAGUGAUGGCAAACUGAGUCCUGAUGUGCCUUACGGCUUGUACCAGUCAGUUGCCAACCCUUUCAGUGCUGCCAAAACUUACCCAGCUCUGAAGGGGUUGCUCACCAGCAUGCUUUGUGAGGAGAGUUUUAUAUUUGGUGUUAAUUCUUUCUGGUGUGUAUUUUUUGUCUGCACCCCUUGUGUAGCAUUUAAUAAAUGAUAUGAGUUUGAGGAGAUCCCACCAAUGAGA